UAAAAAAUUUUCAAAUUUCUAGUGCUACCAGUACACAAGCAAUAGUGCCAUUCAUAAAUGAACGUACAAGUUUUGGCACAACAAUUUUUUUGAAAAAUUCUGGCAUCUCCAACUUUGACAGUUCUCAAAAUUCCCAGUGUUUAGCCUUAAGAACAGAAUUCAAAAUCAACGUUUUGAUCAAAAUUUAUCGAAUGCUUAACCUGAAGUUAGAAAAGCAAACUUGCGAACAACGCAUUGAAGCCGCAUGCUAUUCGAAAAAUUGUACGUAAUUCGCAAUACCAAGAUUAAAAAUAUAAGACAACAUUUGGGAAUUCUAUUUUUGGCAGCUGGCUGCACACUGAACACGUGUUCUAUCUGUUCUAUUUUAAUAUAAACCAAAGAUUGAAAAUACCUUAGAGAGCAAUAAUGGCGAAAGUAAACGCAAUAGAAAAAAAAUCACAUAAAAUAGCGGACGCUGCGGAACCUACUUGUAAAGCGAAAUCUACAGCAAAAAAGUUAAAUGAAAUGAUAUUCCAUGCGACCAAGUCGAAGGUAACUAGCCCUUUGCACAACACCCAUCGUACCAAUCAUACAAUUUGUAAAUACACAACACAACAACUGGCACCAACAUUACCAAAUAAAGGAAAGAGAAACUCUUCCGCAAAACCAAAUCAUAGUAAUAAUAAAAACACCGAAAAAGCGGUUGAACAGGUCAAAGGUUUGACCCCUGAAGUAGCGGCAUCUAUGCAGCGAAGUAAAAAUGAAGAGGCUGUCAGUGAUUUGCUGACGCGAAUCCCUGAAAUCAGUAAUAUAUUUGAUGUCCAUUCGCGCAUUGGAAAUGGCACUUUUAGCACGGUUUUACUUGCUACGAUGAAAAGAGAGAAGCACUUACCGGAUCAUUUGCGUAAAAAAUAUGCAAUAAAGCAUCACAUACCGACUAGUCAUCCGGACCGUAUAAAAAAGGAAUUGCAAUGUAUGGCCACUAUGGGUGGCACUAACAAUGUGAUUGGUAUUAAUUGUUGCAUUCGCUUCAACGAAUCUGUUGCCUUUAUUAUGCCGUACAUACAACAUGAUCGGUUUCAUGAUUUCUACACCAAAAUGAAUUUAGAAGAAAUUAAGAUGUAUAUGAAGAACCUAUUGAUUGCUUUGCAACACGUGCAUAAAUUUAGCAUAAUCCAUCGUGACGUUAAACCAAGCAACUUUUUAUACAAUAGACGGAAGGGACAAUUUCUUCUCGUAGAUUUUGGGCUGGCGCAACAUGUGCCCCCACCUCAGCAAUUAAGUAUAGAUUCUUUAACACUUGGUAAUAGUGAAUAUCAGUUAUUAGCGAUACCAGGAACCACAGGUGAGAGCAAAAGACAGCGAGAAAUAGAUGGAUCUAAUGGUAAAUGUGAAACUGAAGCUCCGCCUAAACGUAUACGAAUGGGACCACAGGGUGAUCAUCCUACAUCUUCUGUUACUUCUGGAAAUUCUCCUAAGGUUGCAACUAUCGACAACACUGGUCAAUUUAAGAUGCCAUUAAAACAACUUAACGAAAUAUCAACCAAUGCAAAGCCAGUUGUUAAUAAUUCCAAUUUAAAUUUGAUUUAUGAAACACCUCCAGGUAUUCCAGGUAAUGAGGCCAACACCGCUGCCAGCAAAUAUAUCACGAAUCGGAAUCUCAUAUCAAGUAAUGUGGCGAAAUGUUCUUGCUAUGGUCAUCCGAAAGUGUGUAAUAUUUGCCUUGUAAAGAAAGAGAUGCAUGCAUCCCGCGCCGGUACACCAGGCUACCGACCACCAGAAGUGUUGCUGAAAUAUCUUGAUCAAACUACUGCCGUUGAUAUUUGGGCUGCUGGUGUGAUCUUGCUUUCAGUAAUGUCCUCGGUUUAUCCGUUUUUUAAAGCGCCCAAUGAUUACGUAGCUCUUGCUGAAAUGGUUACAAUAUUUGGUGAUAAGUGUAUACGUAGAACUGCAUUUGCACUAGAUAGAUUAGUUACACUAAGUCAACGGUCAAAACCAUUAGACCUACGUAAACUAUGUGUACGAUUUCGAAAUCGAGCUAAAUUCAGUUCAACAACUUUAUUGGAGAAAUAUCGGCGUGUGGAUGGAUCAUGUGAGAUAUGCAAAAACUGUGAUCAGUUCUAUUUUAACUGUCUGUGCUUGGAUAGCAAUUACAAUACAGAACCUCUUGAUAAAGAUGAUGAUAUGUUCCCUGCCAGCGCUUAUGAUCUACUUCUACGUCUACUUGAAGUCAAUCCACACAAACGUAUUACUGCUGAGGAAGCAUUGAAUCAUCCAUUUUUCGAAAGCCUUAAGAACUCUUCUACCUCACCAAAACCUAUUGAAGAUGAUACUCACCCCAGGAAGGAUCACUAAAUAUUAAUUGUUAAAAUGAUAUUUGCAAAUAUGUAUUAUAUACAGAUUUUAACAUUGUUAAAUAUUGAACGCAGAAACAAAAAAAAGUUGUUGAACAGAGUUUUGUGAAUGUUGUUCGACUAUAAUUGUGUUGAUAUAAAUCAAAUUGUUUGUAAUUAGAAAAGCGUUUGAUAAUUUUUUAAAAUAUUGAAACGUUGCAAAAUUGUUAAGUAUAUAAAGG